CCCCACCCGGCUCCCUCAAGUCUCCACGAACGGAAAUGGGAGUCACAGAGCCGGGGACCAGCGGAAACAAAACACACAGGCGGCUGCGGGGGGGCCCGCAGGCCCCGGAACGCGGCGGGAGCCAGGCCGGCCCGCGCGGGGCCCGCGCCGCCCGCCCGCCUCCCCCGGCGGCCGCACUCACCCGCUCCGGAGUCGGCCGGCCCUGUCGGCCCCGCCCGCGCUCCCGAGCCGGCUGGGAAGCGCAGUGGCGCGGGCUCCACGUGCAGCGUCUCUCCCGGCACCCCCGGGUCCCGAACUACAACUCCCAGCAGGGCGUGCGAGGUGAAGCCCCGGGGCAACGGGGGCUCGCGAGGCCCACAACGCCCCACGCCUCUUUGUUUCACACGCUCUCGCUUCUCCUUCGCAGUCCUACGCCUUCAGCCACCCCAAGGCACCGGUACAGGGACUCGGGCCAGGGUCAAGAACCGUCCGGUCGCAGACUGCCUCCGAGACGCUUCCUGUCCGUAACAAUCACCAUGAAUCUUCAGAGGCUCUUCCGGUUGUCCUCACUCGUUCGGUCUGCGGUCUCUGUCCACUUGAGGAGAAACAUCGGCGUUACAGCAGUGGCAUUUAAUAAGGAACUUGAUCCUAUACAGAAGCUCUUUGUGGACAAGAUUAGAGAAUACAGAACUAAGCGACAAUCCCAAAUUUGAAGUCCAUGACAAACCCCAGUCUUGAAGAAAUGAUGUACGACUUAAUCUGGUAAUUGGCCCUAGAUUAGGUUUACAACUGUUGGAAGUUAUCAGAAAAUAAACGCACAUUUCACCACUGUCAAAUGUUCUUUUAAUCCUAGUUCCAAAUAAAUAUGGUGAGACUGGUAUGCAACUGAGUGUA